CAGACAUUUCUAUAGUGGAAAUUAGGUGUCUUGUCAAUAUCAGAAAGUCUCAGGAGCCAUGCAGACUUCAUUUGUUGGAUACUUUACUUUGAUCUUCUUUCUUCUUUCUCUGAUGAAGGCCAAGGGCAGUCCUGCAUACAGCUCUGUCCUGUCAUCUGAUCUGACAGACUUAAAGAAUAUUCUGGAGCGCUUGGAAGACAGAGUGACUGCAGAGGAGCCAAUGGCCCCAUCCCAAGAUUUAUUUGCUCAGAAUUAUGAUGCUGCUGACUCUUCUAACUCUGCUCCUUCUUGGACUGGAGAGGCUAUAAGACCCCAAUCUGAUAUUAUAUAUAACAAAGGGUCUUCGUGGGAAACACCUGAUAAGUUAUCCCGACUAAAAAGCAAGCUAAGAGAGCUUUUGAAUUCACCAAGAAGUUUAAGAAGGUCCUCAGACUGCUUUGGAGGACGCAUUGACAGAAUUGGAGCCCAGAGUGGCAUGGGUUGCAACAGCCACAGGUUUUGAAGAAGCCAACCAGAAGACUGAAGAGUCCUCUUCUGCAACGACUGGACUAUCUUACGAAAUCUGAAACAAAAUAAUUAUUUAUGGCACCAUGCACCAAAUUCACAUUUGCAGAAAUGUCUUGUCUAAAAAAAAUUAUUUUUCUACAUGCAAAUUUGUUUUUACCAGAUCACUCACAUCAUUACAGUGUCCAUUGAGAUUGUGUAAACCCUCACUUCUGACUGAAGAAGCAUUACAUAACAGAAUUAAAAAUGUGUUACGCUCUGUGUUUUGUCGUGUAGAACAAAAUAAAUUAUAUUUAUUACUU